AUGCGAUGUAACCAUAAUCCUGAGACUGGGCUGCGGAACAAUGAUGGAUAUGCUGAGGCUGUGGUCCACAGUGCCGGACAGUCUAACACCGUAAACAACGCUCCUCAACUGUCAACCAUUCUGGUAGCUAGUGCACACGAACAGGAUCAGAUCCUUAUACGAACGGACCAACUGCUCAGAUGGUUGGACUCGUAUACGAAUAUCAACGGAAGCACGCUGGCAUGGCGCACUGCAAGAUACGGUUGCAACGAAACUCUAUAG